AUGACUUCAAAUGUUGAGCAAAGAAUAGCUGAAAGUCAGAUAACAAAUGGUUUGAAGAAUUUACAAGACAUUAAAACCAUCGAAGAGUUUGAUUUGGAUAAAGUGGUACUCAUUCAGGGCGAGACACCGCCCGAUAUAGUGGACACAUGUCUAAAGUAUUGCAAAGAGUAUUUGUCCGACAAUUGGAUCAAACAAACGGUGGACACAAUUGAAUGCAAACGCCUGAGCGGUGGUAUGACUAAUCAACUCUAUUAUGUGGCCAUUCGGGAGCCAUCGCUCACGAGUACAGCCCCUCAAGAGGUGGUCAUAAGGAUAUAUGGAAGCAAACAUUUCAACACUAAUGAAAGACUCACAGAUGUUAUCAUUGCUUUAAUGGUCGGCGAUAUUAAUUUGGGGCCAAAGAUAUACGGAGUGUCCGAAUGGGGACAGAUUUUACACUAUCAUAAACACCGGCAGUUCAGAGUUAAUGAGCAAAACGACCCACAAUUGUCAACUACUUUGUUUAAGAAAUUAGCAAAACUACAUUCUCUGGACGUUCCCAUCAAACUGGACAAUAAGUGGCUCUUUGAAUAUUUAGAUGGCUUUUACGAAAUGGCUUUCAAAGAGUUUCCAAUCAAUGAUAUGAUUGAGGAAUACAAUUGUCAAACAUUGAAAAAACACGACUUGAAGGCAGAGAUUGAAUGGUUAAAGAGUGCAAUUAUCGGAGCCAAGAGUCCGAUAGUAUUCUCUCACAUCGACUUCAGAGGAAGCAAUAUAAUGGUCACCGAACCCAACGAUGAGAUAAUUCUAUGCGAUUUGGAGUAUUCCGGGUAUGGGUUCAGGGGUUUUGAUUUCGGCACUAUAUUAGUGGAGUGGGGCCGAGGGUUCGGCGAUUACAAUACUCUGACCACAUUUCCCGACAAUACAGUAACAGAACCUCUCAUAAAGGCAUACAUCGAAGAAUCCGUACAAAUAUUUGGCGAAGAAUUUGGCAAAAAUGAAAUCAAUUCUUACGAUCAUAUCCUAAAGGAGGCGAAAGUGUUUAGUUUAGCGGCGUUUAUGUGGCUUAUAUUGUUUUGCCUCAAAAAUGAUGAGAACGGCGGUGGUUUACCCCUCAAUAAACAAGUGAUGAUGGUAUUCAUGAAUUUACAUUAUAUUCAGGCUCUUUAUAUGUUUUACUAA